ACAUCUACUUGCAGAAAUUGUCACCAAAAUAUGCUUGACUCUAUGGGGUCACAAAGUGAUGUGGAUCUCAAUGGUGGAUUGCAUUGCAUACACUCACAUUGACAAAGUAUGUGCAAUACCUAAAGGAAAUUUGUACCAUCACUGACUGCAGCAUUAGGUGUAGGUCUGUCUCUUUUGGCACACCCUGGAUGAAAUGGUGAGGUUGGUAGGUGAGCACAACAAGAACAAAAUUACUAAAGAAGACAUCAACAUGGUCAAGCUAGCUGGCAAAAAGAUGACACAACCUUCAGACCUUGAGAAGCACUUUUUUCCUGCCAAAGAUAUUCAGUAUUGGCAACCCCCUCAUUUGUUUUCAUACCUUUCAAACAAUGACUAUAAUAGAGUCUAUGACACCCUCAAGAGAAGUCUGCCACAUCUACAUGACUUUCUUGAUAUUGGCCAUCUUGCUUCAGGUCCUGGCAGAGUGUGCAAGUUUCUUCUGCACUAUAUAAUGAAUACAACCUGGCUGGGAUGUCAAUUAAACCUGGUCAAUGUGUUUAUUGCAUUGACUGAAACCUAUGUAAGUGCCUGCCAAUCAUGUCCACUGGUACUCCUGGUAACACUUGGCACAGGAGGAGUUGCCAGAGGCAUAUGAAAAAGGGGGUGAUCAGGAACACAAUGUUUUGAUGUAUCAUAAAAGGUUUGACCUAGAAGUAUGGGUUGACAUUCUUAGACUUGUAGAAGAGUAUUUCUACAAUGGAGCAAUCACAAAUCCACUCAUGGCUGGUAUAUCUGUUGAGGUAUGUAACUCAAGUCACAGCACAGAAGGAUGAUUGGGGCAACAUCCUGACUAUGUUGCAGGGACUUAAAUCAAAGCUGUGGACCAUCUGGGGUCCAAAGAUCUGUGAGAUGAUGAUGUCUCUGAACCUAGAGUUGAAAAAUUUGAACUUUCUGCAUUUGGACUUGAACAUCACUGACCUG